AUGCAAGGACGACAAGAUAGAUUACUGAGGCGUCCUUGUCUAGCAGGACCUAUAUCUAUUCCCAACCAACAACCAGAAUUACAGAGAUUUUUGGCUGAUGAAUUGGUGGAACAAAAAUACAAUGAAAUCAAAAGCAGAUCAGGUAUCCUUACAAUUGUGGGAAAGGAAUUCUAUUGCGACAAAUCAGACAUCGAAGAAUUGUCUGAUUUGGGAAGAGGUGCUUUCGGAGCAGUUAGGAAGGCUCGAUGUAAAAAAACGAAUACACUUAUGGCAGUUAAAAUUAUUCCUUUGACCGAUUCUGCUGACAGCAAUAAAAGAACCGUUAUGGAUAUGGACGUUAUUAUGCAAGCUCACGACUGCCCUUAUAUAGUCAAAUGUUAUGGUUGCUUUGUGUACGAGUCGGAAGUACGUAUUUGUAUGGAGAUGAUGACCAUGUGUUUGGAGAAACUGUUAAUUAGAGCUCACAAAUUCCCCGAAAAUAUUGUUAGGCAAAUUACGAUUUCCGCUUUAAAAGCUCUACAGUAUCUGAAGGAGCGUAUGAUUAUGCAUCGAGAUGUGAAGCCUUCUAAUAUCUUAAUAGAUUUACGAGGGACGAUUAAAAUGUGUGAUUUUGGGAUAUCAGGGCGGCUUAUUGAUUCCAGUAGAGCUGCUACAAAUACGAAAGGUUGUACUGCAUAUCUAGCGCCGGAACGUGUUGGUUCUAGCACCGGCAAUUACGGAAUUAAGGCAGAUGUUUGGAGUCUUGGGAUAACUCUUUUGGAAUUGGCCACUGGCAGGCAUCCAUAUGAUGGAUGCAAAAACGACUUCGAGUUACUGACAAAGAUAAACAAUGAUCCGCCACCUCAAUUAUUACCAUCAGAUAAUUACAGCGAGGAGUUCUGCUCGUUCUUAUCUUAUUGUCUGAAGAAGAAACCAGAUGAAAGACGAGAUUAUCUAUUUCUUUUGUUUAUUGAAGUCUUAGAUUAUUUAGAGUAUCAAGAAGAAAAGGUGCUCGAAGAGGAAGCUUUCACUGCUUUCUCCAUCUAA